AAUGUUUUCAAAACCACCCUUAUCAGUUUAUCUUUCACUCUCUCUGUCUUACAUAUUUUCUCUCUCUUACUUAACAACAAAGUUAAACCCCCUAAAAAAACCAAAAACUAUUUGAACUUAUCUGCAACAAAAGUAGCUAACUCUUAUGGAACUUCCCGGAAAUGUCGACAAAAGUCAGUAGCGAUAAUAAGCCGCGGUGGGUUGUUUUUAUUAGUGAAUUCUGACGAACUUUAGUUUGUUGUUUGGUGUGGGGUUUUUUUCACUAAUACAGUCUACAAAUGUUUGUCUUGUAAGAAAGAUAAAAAGAGUUGUUGUUGUUCACAGUUUCAUGACUUCUUUGGUUUUGCCUGAAUUCUACUUCCAUUCUCCACUUGUUCGUGUUUCCUCCGCCUUGGUUUUUAAACUACUGAUUCUAUUUAGAGUAAUGAUACAAAAAUUUUAAUUUCCCUUAUAUAGGUAUCAUCAGUACUUAAUAUUGUAAGUUGUUGUGCUUUAAUUGAGUAAUUUAAAGUGGUUGUGUAUUUAAUAAUCAAGAACUAGAAAGAGUCGCUUUCACUAUACUUGUUAUUUUUAUUUAAAGAGAUACCCUAGGCCCUAGCAGCAGAUGGUUUAUGUUGCAAAUCAAUCCCACUUGCAGAUUUGAUAAGAAAGUGUAAAAAAGGGCCGUUUUGCUUCCUUUAAACCUAGCUUGCUUCCUUAAUCAGUUACAAGCUACUACUCACUUCCUUAUCCGUACGCAGAGUAUCUCUGCCCAUUCUCUCUCUAAAUUUCUCUUUUUCUCAUCAACCUCUCUUCUUCUUCUUCUUUUUUUUUUUGUUUUUGUUUUUUUGUUUUUUUGACCUUCGUAUAUAACGAAAGAAAGGCUCUUUUUUUUUUUUUUUUUUUUUUUUGUCUAAACAAAGAUGAAAAGAGGAUUAGAGUUUGAUGGUAAGCAAGAUUUGGAGGGUGGACUAGAAAAUGUUAUGGUUGCUAUGGAAGAUAUUCAAAGCCAGCACCAAUACCAGCAACAACCUACUGGAUUUGAACCUAUGCAGGAAGAACAAGUGAUUGGUUCUUCUAUUGUGGGUGACACAGAUAUUUUUCUUGAUGGAGAUGGUCAUCAUGUGCAUAAUCUUGAUGUCAGUGACACUUCCAUUUUUUCCACAGACUUCCCCCCCAUCCCUGAUUUUCCAUGCAUGUCAUCUUCUUCAUCAACUUCUUCAGCUCCUCCUCUUAAUAAUCCUUUUCGAACUUCAUCUUCAUCAUCUUCAGCAUCCUCUUCUAAUUCUAUCAACAAGAAAAUCUUGUCAAUGGAAGGUGAUCUCCCUCUGCCCGAAGACGAUGACUGCUUAAACAUGAUGGAAGAUCUUGGAUACAUGGAUUUGAUUGAUGGAAAUGAAUUUUGGGACCCUUGUACGCUUUUCCAAAAUGAUCAAGCUCCACAAGAUUACAACAUGUCUGAGUCAUUUCAACUCUCAGAAAACGAUAAUCAAGAAAGGAAACCCGAGCUUGAAGGUGGUGAUGAUCAAAGUGAUGGGCUGAGUUUUUUCCAAGGUAACGGUGAGCUGGCUGUUAUCUUCUUUGAGUGGUUGAAGCAAAACAAAGACUAUAUCUCUGCUGAAGAUAUGAGGAACAUUAAGCUCAAGCGUUCCACUAUUGAAAGUGCUUCGAAACGCUUAGGGGGAACAAAAGAAGGGAAAAAACAGUUGUUGAAACUCAUACUCGAAUGGGUUGAACAAUACCAACUGCAAAAGAAACGAAUGAGUGAAGCAUCAUCUGAUUCGCCGUGUCAAUAUCAAGAGUCUCUUCAUGAAUCAAACCUAAACCCGAACUCCGGUUUCCAGUAUAACACAAGUGUUGCUCCGGAUCCAAGUACUUGUUUCUAUCCAUCACCACAUAUGCCAAUUCCCCCUACUUAUAUCCCUCCUCCCGAGCCCUUUUACCCAAUGCCUAUAAGCGCGGGGUUUGUAGGCGAUCCGUACUGUAACGGACCUUCAUUUACACCUCCGUUGAGUCAAAUAGUAAAUGGGAACAUGGAAUAUCAAACCAUGGAGUCUGCUCAAUCCUGGCCUCCAUCGCAAUUCUCCCCGAUGGAAGCUUCUCAAUACAACCCAUUAACUCCUGAGAAUGAUUGCAACAUCGCCACAAAUGCUAAUCCUCACGAUUUGUCCAGUCAAUAUCCUUACCAACUCUUCGAUGAGAAUGGCGAGAGAAUGGUGAGGUUGGGCUCUUCUGCUACCAAAGAGGCUAGGAAGAAGAGAAUGGCUCGGUCGAGGCGACUAUCGUCACACCAUUAUCGCCACCAUAGCCAUCAAACGCAGCAUCAGAGCCAAAGUAGUGAUCUAAGUUUAAGGAUGGUCGGAGAGAAUUGUGCAAUGGCUCUGGCUAAUAAUCCAGGAAAUUGGGUAUAUUGGCCUUCUGCUGCUCCGGCACCAAUGAUGAUGGUUCCACCACCUGAGGCACCACAACCACAUGCUACGACCGAGAGGCCCGGGAUGCAACCACAGAACUAUCAGAAGCAUGGUUCUGCGGACAAACGAUCGCAGGGUUUGAAAAUGGAGAAGAACCUAAGGUUCCUGCUACAGAAAGUGCUGAAGCAGAGCGAUGUUGGCAAUCUUGGAAGAAUUGUGCUGCCAAAGAAAGAAGCAGAAUCGCAUCUGCCAGAACUUGAAUCAAGAGAUGGAAUUUCAAUUGCUAUGGAAGAUAUUGGAACUUCUCGUGUUUGGAACAUGAAGUAUAGAUUUUGGCCAAAUAACAAGAGCAGAAUGUACCUUCUGGAGAACACAGGAGAUUUCGUACGAGCUAAUGGACUUCAAGAAGGAGACUUCAUCGUAAUAUACGCAGACACCAAGUGUGGCAAAUAUUUGAUACGGGGAGUAAAAGUGAGACAAACUGGACCAAAAGCAGAAGGCAAGAAACCAGCAAAGAAGAACGCCCGUAAUUCGUCUUCAGCAGCUAAUAGCACUCCAGUUGCACUGAUGAAGCGACUUGUGAAAUAGUGCAGCAUCACAAAAAAUUUCCACCCCUAUGUGAAGGAAUGAGCAUGUCGGAGACUACUGUUCUUUAUCCUACAUAUAUGUAUAUGUAAAACCUGAAUUUUCUGCAGAUGGUCCUCUCAUGCAAAUACUGC